UGCCCACCCGUAUUCCCAAAACCAAAACACGAAGCCUGACGGUCUUCUCAUUUCUUUCGGUCGCUGACGAUAAGUUUUCGACUUCUCUUCUCUUUUUCGAUCUCUCUUUCGUUCGAUCAAUCGAUCUCAGUACUCUCAAUGGCGGAUCAGCUGACGGAAGAUCAGAUCUCGGAGUUCAAGGAGGCCUUCAGCUUGUUCGACAAGGAUGGAGACGCUAAAGAAGAAGCAGCUCAUCAGCACCAAUUUAUUUUGCAUGCUGCUUUAGAUAUUGUUCAGGACCUUGCAUGGACAACAAGUGCCAUGUUUUUGAAGGCCAUUGACAAGUUCAAUGACUUGGUGGUGUCUGUGUAUGUAACUGCUGGUCACACUAGAUUGAUGCUGCUUCAUGAUUCACGUAAUGAGGAUGGGAUAAAAAGUUUUUUCCAAGAGGUUCAUGAGCUUUACAUUAAGUCUGGUGCUCAACCGCCUCAACCGCCUCUCGAAGCCAGAGCCACCCAUGCUAGAACCUUGAAUUUGUUCAAUAAAUGGCACAGACGAAUUCUGACGAGAAAGCAAGCGCUGCUGCUGAAGCUGUUGUUGUUGUUGCUGCUGCUGCUGAAGUUGCUGAAGCUGCUGCUGCCGAAGCAGUUGUUGUUGCUGCUGCUGCUGCUGAAGCUGUGAUUUUGGUUGAUUUUGGUUGAUUCUGUAAUAUGUUUAUACUGUUUCCUUGCGUUGUGAUUAUUGUCAGUCGCAGCAUUGUCAAUUUGGGGGCUAAGAUUUACUUUCUCGUAAAAUCCCUCCCUUUUGAUCUUUGUUUCCUGGUCUUUUCUUUCUUCUGUCAUGAUCCUGUUCAUGUCUGAACAUUUGAAAGAUGGGAAAUAAGUAGACUAUGGUUGUGCUACUAUUUUGUUUAUAGACGAACUUACUACUCUUCUAGUUUAUCAAGUAAUUAAGUAGAUUGUCCUUACUAA